CCCUUCCCCGGUGCCGGCCCCCGCCCCGCCGGGCCAUGGAGCUCAUCGAGCUGCGGGAGCUGCAGCCGGAGCCGCGCCCGGGCCGCGGCCGCCUGGAACGGACCAACGCGCUGCGCAUCAGCCCGGCCCGAAGAACCGGCCCCGGCGCCCACCCCGACCCGCGGCUGACGGCGGCACCGGGCACCGGGCACCGCUUCGAGCCCCGGCGCCGCGGGCUCCACACCUGGUGCGACCUCUGCGGGGACUUCGUCUGGGGCGGCGGCAGGAAGAGCCUCCAGUGCCGCCACUGCAGCUUCACCUGCCACUACCGGUGCCGGGCCCUGGUGCGGUUGGACUGCAGUGGGCCCCCGGGUGCUGGUGACGAGGACGAUGGCAGCGAGCAGGCACUGGAGAAGGACACCAACGUGGAUGAGCCCAGCGAGUGGGAGAAGGCAGAGUUGGACCAGGCGCAGGUGGAGCAGCGGAUCAAGGAGUACAACAGCCAGAUCAACAGCAACCUCUUCAUGAGCCUGAACAAGGAUGGCUCCUACACUGGCUUCAUCAAGGUGCAGCUGAAGCUGGUGCGCCCUGUCUCAGUGCCAGCCACCAAGCGGGUCCCUGUGCUGCAGACGGGGCGGUCGGGGCCGCACACGCAGGGGGUGAAGCGCCGCACAUCCUUCUACCUGCCCAAGGGCACCGUGAAGCACCUGCACAUCCUCUCCCACACGCGUGCCAGCGAGGUCAUCGAUGCUCUCCUCCGCAAGUUCACCGUCAUCGACAACCCCCGCAAGUUCGCCCUCUUUGAGAGGUCUGAGAAGGAUGAACAAGUGUACCUACGAAAGCUGGCUGACGAGGAGCAGCCCCUGCGGCUGCGGCUGCUGGCCGGCCCCAGCGAGAAGGUGCUGAGCUUUGUCCUGAAGGAGAACGAGACCGGGGAGGUGAACUGGGAUGCGUUCACGCUACCGGAGCUGCACAACUUCCUGCGCAUCCUGCAUCGGGAGGAGGAGGAGCACGUCCGUCAGCUGCGGCACCGCUACGCCCGCUGCCGACAGAAGAUGCAGGAGGCCCUGGCCGCACACACCCCAGGGUGACGCUGCCGCCUGCGCUGGGGGUCAGGCAGCACACUGGACACCCUCGCCCGCCGGCGGGUGGGGGCACCGGGAGGGGGGUGGAGGGGGACACCCCAUGUCCCACCGCAGAGGCCGCCAUGGGGCUGGCGCACGCAGUGGGGGUCCUCGGGAGGAGGAAGUGUCACUGGGGGAGCGGGGCGUUGAGCACCAAUAAAAGCACGUGGUGAGGAG